UUCACCAUGUAGUGAAAAACAAAAACCAAAAGAUCAACUCCUUGACUUCACACAUCGAUCAUUGUUUUUUACCGGAAGAUUACCCUAUGUAACACCUUUUGAGUGCUUAAAAGAGUCCCAAUGAAGCCAAGUUGUUAGAGACCAUACAGGAUUUUUCAUCGACGAUUGCUUCCGAGAAUACUGUGUUGUCUUGAUUUGACAUGACGAUUUGACUUAAAAAACAGACGCAAAUUUUAGAGGUUUUACACCUCAAGCCUACAAUAAGGAAUCAGCGACCACUGAGACGGGGUAAAUCGAAACUUGCUUACAAAGGUGUACUGGUAUCGCCUCAGAGUGACCGCUCGGCUUAAAGAGUCGGUUUUUUGGUUUCAGCACUUGAUGAUGGCUAUUGGAAACCUUGCUUUGCUGCGGUUGAAUUACCUUCAAGCUACUCUUUAGUAAGGUAAUCGUAGACACUCAAGAUCAAGGCUUAUGAAAGAUUCAAGCCAAUUGAUUAACGGAAGGUUUGUGCAAGUUGUACUAGAAUUCAAUUAACGCUGAGUUAUCACUCUAAGAUUGCCCACAUUUGAAUCAUCAUCGAAGCUGUUUACUUUGUUCUAGAGGACUUAUAAAGCAUCCCACCCUUAUCACUGAGAUUCAAAAACAAUCUAGUUCAAGACCGUGGAAAACAACUCAGACUGUUUGUCUGGUUCCAAGGACCAAACUACUUCGCGAGCAUCUGCUGUGUGAAUCAUGCCAUUAUCUGGCAUUAUUCUCAUAAUUGGAAUAUUACUGGGUAUCACUACACUCGUUGGUAUCCUUGGUAACAUUUCCGUGUGUCUCGUGGUGUUUUGGAAUCGCUCCAUGCGGAACCAAUUACAUCUCUUUUUAGUCAAUUUAGCGAUAGCUGAUGUUGGAAUGUCGGCGUCUUGCAUGCCCUUCGCCGUGGCAACUGUUCUCUUCCAUGAACAGACCAUCGAUAAAUCAUUUUGUUACUUCAACGGUUUCAUCAACACGCUAUUCGCGAUGGCCAGUGUGCUUACAAUAUGUUCGCUGUGUGUUUUCCAGUACGUGUCUGUUGUUUUGCCAAUGAACAAGUCUCUCACCAACUUCCGCUGCCUCGUCAUGGUGUUAUGCGCAUGGGUUAUUUCUAUAUUCCUCGCCACGGGACCCGCGAUACAAUGGGGGCGCUACGAAUUCACUUCAAACAUUUUCAACUGCGAAUAUUAUCACUCUACAAACAGAGCAGAUAUUUCUUACAACAUAACCAUGAUGCUUUGCGGUUAUUUAUUUCCUUGCGUUUUCAUGAUUUUUUCUUACGUCAGUAUUUUACGGGCGUUGCAUGAACACCAAUCGCGCAUGGCAGUGACGUCAUCCAUCUCGCCAGCACCGGUCGCAGGUGCUCCCGUUUCUUUGGAAACGAAACUGCGUAUGACAAUGUCAUUUGUGGUUCUGACAUUUCUGGUUUGUCGUACUCCGUUUUUCGUCUUCUUGGUCAUCACAACCAAAGAUUUAGACCAUCCACCCGAUUUUUUGGGGCAGUUGUCGUUUUGGGCUAUUUACUUGCAUAGCGCAUGCGAUCCUUUUAUUUACGCAUUCAAACACCCUGAAUAUCAAGAUACAUUGAAAGAUAUAGCAAGAAAGUUCAAAAUAGCAAUUACUAGUACCUUUUGCUGUUGCAUGUCCAAAGAUGCUAAUGAAGAAGAAACGAAAGAAAAAAGAUAACAUGGAAGUCAGGCCGUGGAAAUCAUUAGAGCACUCUACUUCCGGCUACAGUUCCUGAUAUAUUUUUCUUUGCGCACGAUUGUCUUAACGUCAGGUGGCAGAAUGUUUGGAAAUUUCAACCCCUACUUAUACGUUUGAUACUUUCAAGAGAGGAGCGGGGAUCUUAAGGGCGGUACAAGCGAGUCUAGCAACAAGAAACACCUUCGUUUAUAAUAAAAAAAAUUUAUUAAAGCCAACUUUAAGAUGUGCCCAUUGCCGUCGCAAAACGACACGACAUGAAAUAUAUUAUUUAUGUCCACUUUGCAUAACACCUUACAUAUUAUAAUGUAUAUAAUAAUCAUAUAAUCAUUUUGUAAACGAUCACAAAAUGAUAAACAGUCGAAAGA